AUGGCUUUCAAGAUUCCAAACUGGUUGACGGUCCACAAAUCAAAACUCCCGAAGACCUAUGCUUACCAUUUUGACCAAUUGUCAACCAUACCGAACAUCAUGAAUGGUACAGCUUACCACGCUCACGAGCUGCUUUAUGUGUUUCUAAAUGGUGAGCCAAAGUUUGACGAGAAACAGAAACAAUUGGCACAGCGGAUGUGCGAAGCUUGGAUUAAAUUUGCAUAUGGUGAGGAUCCAUGGCAGCCUUUUGACCAAGGAAACAAAUGGAUGGGGUUUGGACCGGACAACUGCAUGGCUCUCAAAUCAGAGGCUGAAGACAAAACCGUCAGGUGUUAUUCACGGUUUAAGAAAAUCGUGGAGAGUGGCAUCUGGCCACGUUUCGUAAGCGCCAUCGAUAAUUUGGUCAAUCGAAGAGACGAAAUGGGGCAGUAA